AUGUGGGAGGAAGAGUACCCCAUAGGCCACCCCAUGGUGUACUUGGGUGACGAUUUGGAUUUAGACCCCGAGGAGAUUGCGGAUUGUAUUCUGGACGAAGAGUGGUUUGGCUUGGUCAAGUGUGACGUCGACCCUCCCCGCGGACUGUUCUUUCCCGUGCUUCCGCGCAUCGCCGACCACAAGCUGAUGUUCACGCUGUGCGCGGCCUGCUGCGACGAAAAGGACGUGGACGAGAACGGAGAGUGCACGCACACCCUAGAAGAGCGUCGCUUACGGCACGGCGUGUGGACGACCCCCGAGUUGAAGGAAGCGCUGAAUCAGGGGUACGACGUGGCGCAGGUGCACGAAGUGUGGCACUACCCCGAACGCAGCARCGACUUGUUUCGAUCGUACAUUCGUGACAAUCUGAAAAUGAAGAUGGAAGCCUCGGGGUGGCCGUCCGAUUGCGACACGGAAGACAAGAAGCGGGACUUCGUGCGGUCCGUGAAGGCCAGUCAGGGCAUCGAUCUUCAGUACGAAAACGUCGUAAGGAAUCCGGGGCUGCGCUCGGUGGCCAAGUUGAACCUCAAUUCGUUGUGGGGCAAGUUCGGACAAAAUCCGUUUCGCGGUAAGGUCGAGUACGUCACGGAACCUUGCCGCUUCUUCGAACUGCUGCACGACGAUACGGUCAACGUGAAGACGGUGCUGCUGCUGACGGGCGACAUGGUACAAGUCAACUACGACGUGCACCGCGAGUCCACGGUGUGCAACCCCAACGGCAACGUCGUCAUCCCUGCGUUCGUGACGGCCUGGGCCCGUUUGCGGUUGUACGACAAGCUGAGUGCUCUGGGGGACCGCGUGCUGUACCACGACACGGAUUCCAUCAUCUACAAGACGGUGCGGGAAGGCGACGAGGAACUGGACACGGGGGAUCAGCUGGGGCAGUGGUCGGACGAAUGCGGCGAUUCGGACGCCAACUGGAUCGUGGAAUACGUGUCCUUGGGCCCCAAGACGUACGCGUACCGUACCAAGAAGGGCGAGUGCGUCGUGAAGUGCAAGGGCAUCAGAUUGACCCCCUGCGCUAAAGAACUGGUCCACCUCAAGAGCAUGAAACGUCUGCUCGUCCAAGAGAACGAAAAGGUAACGGUGAGUUACCCGCGCAAGAUCGUGAGGGACAGCGCGCACAAGGUGCUGCGAACGGUACCCAUGGACAAGGACGUGCGCUUGGUCUAUACCAAACGACAACGUAUUGACCAAGGCCUGACCACGUUGCCUUAUGGUUAUUAA